CGUGCUUACGUCAUUUUAAAGCGCCGCACCUAUCACUCGCACAGACAACAUUCGCAGAAGAAAGGCGUACUUUCGAGCUCUCCUAAUGUAAAAUGUGUGAAACAUCGUUUGUUUCGGGUCUCCAGGAGCGCAUGCAGUGUCUUCAGGAGCUCACAGACUUCACAGAAAACUGCCAAGCUGAGCUGAAGGAUUUGUUUGAGGCGCUGGGAUGGAAACAGGAAUUAGAUACACAUGCAGUCCAGAUGGAAGUCUGUCCAUACGAUCCAAACCACACAGUUCCACAGAACAAGAUGGAGAAACACAAAGCCGUCUGUUGGCUCACACAGCAGGGAUACUCUAAAGAAGAACAGGCUGAAAUGUAUGAUCCAUCAGCAUACUAUGAGCAAGCUAACAUUACUUCCAUUUCCCUAGAAAAAGACACAUUUCAGCAAAUAAUUCUUCAGAGCAGGGAAAAUGCGUCUCAUUGGAGAUCAACGGGACUUCACACACAAAGUGACACAUCUGCAGGUCUCCCGGACAUCCCUCAGAACCAUAAGCGCUCAUUAUGUGACCUUACUGUGGCAGACCGGUUGGCUGUUUAUGAUCAUGUGAUGUAUGAAGCCAGUCAGCAGAGUGCAAAGAGAGAAUCCAACAAUGAGGAUCUUUAUGUAGAUCUUGUUGCUAAGAUUAAAAAAGAAGUGAAUCAGAGUGGGCCAAAGUCUCAUCUGGAGGUUUUGGCUGAGAUGAGGGACUACAAGAGGCGCAGACAGUCUUACAGAGCAAAAAACGUUCACAUCACCAAGAAGACCUACACCGAGGUAAUUCGAGAGGUCAUUGAUGUCCACUCUGGAGAACUAGGCAGGAUAUGGCAGGAAGCAAAGGAAGAGGAGUCCCAAGUAUCACAACAGUCGUCUCACAGAGCGGAAUCUGAGAAAGGUCGUUCUGCAUCCGUUGAGUCGCGUGCAUCUCGUAUCAGCUCCCGAGACGAGCAUGAGCACAAACGACACCGUAAGCGCAGCCGAAGUCGUAGUCGCAAGCACAGUCGAGAGAAGAAAAAAAGGAGCAGGAGGGAUUCACACUCUCCAGAUGUGGAGAGACGUCACAAGAAAAAGAAAAAAAAUAAGUCUUGAUGUGUGCAAUUCAACAGAUCUUAAAUGAUUUGAAUGAAUUCUUGUUAAUUUCAGGCUUUCUGAAGAUUUUUUCUACCAAUGUUAAUUUUUGAUCUGUCUAAUUUUUUUUGCUUCCUUUUCAUAAUGUUAUGCUUUAAUAAAAAUGUGAAUAGAAUAUUA